UCUAGUUUAGAUCUACUAGAUUUAUAAUUUCAAACUUAAAUGAGACAAUUUUUUUCUUUCGCAUUUAUCUCGGCCUAGAAUAGCCUAGAAAUACAUCUAAAAAUAAAAAUUUAUCUAGAUCAAGUCACAUAGAUUCUAGAAUCUUGGAACUUGGAGUCUACAGAGACAGAGUCAAAGUUGAUCUAUUAUUUUAAUUUAGAAUCUAGUAUUUACAUCUAGAUUAUAAAUUAUUCAGAAUGAACAGUUCCGUGAAUUUAAAUCUAUUGAAUUCCAUGCCUUUGUGCUUUUACUUUUCUGUCCUUGUGAUUUCUGCCCUAAUGUCAAAGUCAUUAGCAACGUCCACAACAGAUGAUACAACAAUUGGAAAAUGUGGUUUCAAAUCUUAUUUAGACAUUAAAAAGUUAAAAGAAGAACGAGAGCGUAUCCUGCCUCUUGUUGAUAAAAGGUUUACAGCUAGAACCACUGGGAAAAAUGAAUCCUAUGAAUACACUGUUGGAAUUUGUCGUUCUGCUAGUGAUGAGAAUACAGAUGCUGCAGUGAUUCAAAGGACAUUAAAUGAAAACAAUAUUCCUAAUUCUGAGUUUCGUGUGACUGGGAAGUUAUCUGAAACACACAUGAUGCUAGGAACUGACUGGAUCUUGUUAGAGUAUCAAGGUGGAGAAGGCUAUGGCUCUCACUGUGGGAAAGAGGCAAGGCGCUCACUGAUAAUGAUAACUUGUGAUGAGGAAGCUGAUGAUAGCUCCCCUAUGAUGUUCUUAGAGGAAGAAAACUCAAAGAGCGACGACUGUUUCUACUUGUUUGAAAUCAAGCACAAGACAGUGUGCCCUGUGCCAGCUGGGGGUUCAGGAUUAAGUGUUGGAUCAAUACUGGUCAUUGUGUUCUUCUCUGUCUUGUUUGUGUACAUUGUAGUUGGCUUCCUGUACCAGAGAUUUGUCCUCAGAUCAAAGGGGAUUGAACAGUUUCCUAAUUAUGAAUUCUGGAAAGACUUUGGUAACCUACAAGCUGACGGUUGUGACCUGGUUUGCAGGACUAAGGACAGGCGCAGGCUAGAAGGAUUUGGUGGCCUUGGAGAUGACCAGCUUGACCCUACAGAAGAGAUCCGAGAUGAGAAUUUGUUACCAAUGUAGUAUGACAUGAAUGGAGUUUUGUUGGUGGCAGUGAUAGAGCGCUUUGUGCUGGUUUGAGUGUCGAAUGUUUGCCAUUUGAUACAGUUUGGAUUGUUUUCUUCUACUUUUUUCUUUCUAGAGGUAUACAAAUUGUAAUUUGAAUUUUUUAUAUGCUAAAAUGUGUAAAUAUUUUUAUAUAUUCUAAAUUUGCCUUUGCUGUUUAUCCUAUUACACUGGCAUAUUACAUCAGUUUUUUUGUUGUUUUUUUUUCUUUCUUUUUGGGUGAUAAAAUUUAAGUGAUGCACUGGAAGUUGGCAAAGUAUGUCAUGGUAGGUUGUUAGUGUUUUCUGUAUAAGAUGCAACUUAAAUAACUGAAAGCAAGUCUCAGAUCUGGUCAAGACUUGUGUAGUUUUAGUUAGAUUAGGUUACGUCAUAGCCUCUGUUUUUUUAAAUUUUAACAAAAAGCUUAAGCGUAUACAAAUACUUUUAAGUCCAAUGAAACUCUUGCAACUUAAAAUAGAUAUGUGGACAUAACAUAUUUUUCAUUAACCAACAAAAAAAAUAUAAUUAAAACCGUAUGUUUCUUUUUUCUCAAUAUCUGGCUUUAAAAUUAGCUAUGCCUACAAUCACACUGUUAUGUGGCCAUUAAAUCAUUAUUUUUUUGUUUUAUAACCACUAAUUAGACAGUUAAAUGAAAACAUUGCUGGAAAGAUAAAAGGACAUUUCAGUAUGGAAGUAUGGAAAUCAUUACUCCUGGCUUCUAAAGUCAGGUAUGAUUUAAGAGCUCAAGGUUUUUAUUUUGAACCUUCGAGUAUUCAAAAAAACAAAUCUGAUAAAAAGUUUGACUGCCUAAUUUUUUGUAUGUAUUAUAAGAUUCCUUCCAAGCCUUUGUUUACUACAAAUCCAUUGUAGACUAUAGAUUACUAUUAGGUGUUUACUAAUUGAAUACUAUUCUGCUCUUUGUUAUAUUUUAUUUAUAUAUAAUAGCAAAAUUUAGUGUCAAAUAGCAAUGAAGUUUUGCUCAUGAAGAACUGCAUGAUGUGGAAGCCACUCUGCAGUUGAUCUCAUACAUAGAUCUAGAGGUAUGACCUUCUCAAGAUGAGAGAAAAGAGGAACUGUAUUUGUAUAAGGUUAUAAGCUCAGUAUUGGGCUCACCUUUCUUUUCAUCAUUGGUUAACUUAAUCCAAAUUGUUUGUAAAACAAUCACAAAUGUCUGAAAUUUAUUUUGGUUUGGUGGUCUGUAAAAUGAAUGCCUUGUUAACAUCAAGAAACCUAGUUAACAUUAUGGAAGCGUAUCGUCUUGAAUUAAAUACAUCAAGUUACUCAUAUAAAUUUAUUGAUUAACCAUUGAAGCUCUCUUACUGUUUGAAUUAAUGUUUUAAAUGUUUUGCAAUUUUAUCAUUCCAAUGUAAAGUUGGUUUCAAGUCGAGGAUAUUACAACUUUUUUUUUUUUCAUUUUUAUUUUUACUUGCACUUGAUGUAAAAGAAAAUACUUGUGUGUGAUGAUAGCUUCUUGAAGCAGCAUAGAAGUCAACAGAACAGACUUCAAGUUAUAAUCAAGAUAAAUUGAUAAUAAAAAUUUUCCUCUAAUGUUUUUGAGCUUUUUGACUUAAAGGCAUCAAAUUUUUUAAUAUAGAAUUUAAUUUAUUUUAAUGUAGAUUUUUUUGUAAAGAAAAGCAUAACUAGACAGUUUUUAGUUAGCAUUUUUCAAAACUACCACUUAAGAAUGUACUAGUGAACAUCCUUUUACUUUAUUUCUAAAUUAAAUCUAGUUUCAGGUAAAUAGCAUUGUUUAAAAAAUAUCACAUUUUCCAAACUUACCAUCUUUGUGUGGUCCACUAUCACAAAUAAUUUAAGUAGAUUUUUUUAUUAUUAUUUUCUAAUUACAAUGAAUAAUGAGUUUAAUUUGUAUUGAUUGAAAAAUAUUGAGCAUAAUUUCAAGAUUGGUUAUUGAUGUGCGUGAGUUAAAGAUUGGUUAUUAAUGUGCGUGAGUUACAUCUGUGUUACAUAUCAUUGUCUCUCUUACUCUUCCAGAAAUUAGCAACCCUGCUAUGUGCUUCUUAGUAGUUUGGGCUUUGAGUUAGAAGCAGAGUAGUGAAAGUAUAAAUAUUACAAAACAUUUCUAAUGGUAUCUCAACCUGGAUUGACCAUUAUUUUAGAGGGGGAAUAUAAUACAUAGGACAUUGUCCUAGGUUCUGAAGAAUAAGGAUAAGUGUGGUAUUUGAAAUGACCUUGCCAAUCCAGUUGCGACUUUCAGAUUUUGCUACACCUAAUGCUGGGGGUCUAUUUAAGUUUUCUUUUCAUCUUCAUGUAGGAGGCAUUGUGGCUGAGCGGUAAAGCACUUGGUUUCCUAACCGAGGGGCCCGGGUUCAAAUCCUGGUGAAAACUGAUUUUUAAUUUCGGUGUCUUUAGGGCACCUUUGAGUCCACACAGCUCUAAUUUGUGCUUGACAUUAGUUAUGGAAAAGUAAAGGUGGUUGGUCAUUGUGCUGGCCAUAUUGUGAACUGUGAAUCACUGAAACAUGUCCUUUACAUCAUCUGCCCUAUAGAUUGCAAGGUCUGAAAGGGGAACAACUUUUCAUCUUCAUCUGUUUUCUGCCAUUUGUCAAUUUAAGCUGGGUUUUUUUCAUCUUUACCUGUCUUCAGCAAGGGUCCUUCUUUUGGUCUCAAAUGUGUGUCCUUCAAUGAAUACCAACAAACCAAAUAAAAAGUAGUUCGCAAUUGCAAUUUACAUUUUUUUUUUUCUUUGGGUAGGUAGAGAUGGUCCUAUACUUGUGUGGUAUGUUCUUUGGACAGUCAACACAAUGUUUUGGUGUAUAGAGUCCAUGUCUCAAACAUCUUUGAGCAUAUUUUCAUUUCUAGACAUGAUGUACAUCUUCAAGCACCUUUUUGUUGUCAGCAGUGAGAGCACUGUAUCUCCUACCAAGUUUGUGUUUCUCUUUUUUGUCUGUUCAAUCUUAGUCCUUUAUAACUCUCCAUCUCUCUCUCUCUCUCUCUCUCUCUCUUUCUGUCUCCCACUUCUUAUUCUCUCUAUAUACUUAUCUACUCCCUCCUCAUGUCUCUCUUAGCCUCUUUCUUUCUUCUUAACUCUCUGUAGCAUUACUUAUACCAUUGAAUUGUUUUGUUAACAGUAUUCAUUUUGCAUCUCUUCCUCUCAAAGGUUCUGAAGGCUUCUUUACUACGGUAACACUGAGGGGCUUUGCCUAUGUUUCUUAUUUAGAUAGUAAUUUUAUGUAUUUAAAAAGUCUUUUAAACUACUAUAAAGUCAUUUUUUCAUUAUCAAUGGAUGCCUUAACUUUAUUAAAAAUCUUUCAAGUAAAAAUAUUAUGAUGAAUUAUUUUUUUUGAACUUUUAAAUUACAUUAUUUCAUUUGUUUUUCUUGUGUCUGUCUUCAUCUAUUGCCAUUAUUUACUUAUGUAUGGAUUCUGUGUACAUACGAAACAGUUGUUUUUUUUUAUAUCUAUAAUUUUAGGGCUUAUGUGCAGAUUGCAACCUUCAUUUUAGCGGCCCCCGAAAGGGGAAAAGACGCUAUUAGUUAUGUGUGGCCUGUCUGUCCGUCUGUCCUGUUUAGAUUUUAGAAACUAGAAGAGAAAAUGAAAAUCGGACAUCAUGAUAUUUUAGACCAUUCAAAGUUCUGAUGCAACAGCUAUUUUUUCUUUUCUGAAAGCGAAAAAUCUAAUUUUUUAAAUCAAUUAUGCAAGCAGUUUUUUUUUCAUAAAAAUACACCAUUUGUACAACUAUUCUCUAUUAAUAGUAACAAAUAUUAGAGGCUUUUUAGUAAGGGAGAUCACAAACACAUUUAUGCAAAUGGUUUUUAAUUUUUGGUCCAAAAAUAUUUUAAUUUACAAUUGUAUUGCUAAGUUAUGUAAGUUCUGUCAUACUAAAUACUACAUUUACACAAAAAAUGUUAACUUUUUUUAAAGAGAAAAAAAUCUAUUUACUCUAAGUUGGACAUAAUUUUAAACAACAAUUAAUAAGUAAAUUAAUAAAAUAUUUUCGCGUGAACUGCAGAGUACACAUGUAAUAUCGGAACACAAAACUAAAGGAAUAUUUUCUUUAUUUUUAUUUACGGAAAUGUUUUUUUUUAGGCUUUUAAUAAGAGAUUGACCCUUUACAAAACAAUUAGAUCAAUUAGAUACGCAUUAUAAGACAUCAGUUAGGCCUGGUUCACAUCUAACUUCACUUUCACCUAUCCCUACGGUCUGCUUGACCUUUGGGGCACCACACAGGAUCUGUCAACCUUCUUUCUCCAUUCUUCUCUGUCAUUUGCCUAUGAUAGAAUAUCAUUGAUUUUCUUUCUGAAAAUAUUGAAACCUGCCUGGGUGAACCACUUCUGAUAGAAUUUAAUACCGAUAUUCUUCUGAAAAUAUUGAAACCUGCCUUUUCUUCCUGCCUGGGUGGACCACCUCGGGGGCCGAUUUUUAGUUUGUGUUUCCACACAAACUGUCUUUGUAACCUUGUUUUUCAAGCUUUUAUUUUUAUUUUUUGUUUGUUCUUUCUAAGUUUACAGAAGAUUUCUAUGUUGAUACACAAUAUCUUUAAUGCUUGGAAUAAAUUGUUAUAAAUGA